AUGUCUAAACUCAAAGGAAAACCUGAGAAAGAACCCGCUAGCGCUAGCUUAACUUUGAAAGACAUCACGGCGCUACUCGAGGAGCAUAGAGAAGCCAUUUCGUCAGAUUUUAAGUCAUCUUUCCAGACCCUCGCUUCAAAACUGGACUGCGUAGAGGCUGCAGUUAAGGAUCAAGGCACACGUAUCACUUCACUGGAGGACAACGCGAACUCGGUUGAUAGCCGCCUUACACACAUUGAAAACAACUGGUGCGCGUUACAAAAAGAAAAUGAUUCCCUCAGAGAGAGAGUGGCGGUCCUCGAGAGUCACAGCAGACGUCAAAACAUUCGCGUGGUGGGCUUACCUGAAAAUUUGGAGGACGCACGCCCAACCGUUUUCUUCUCCCAGCUCCUGGUUGAUGUAUUUGGGCAGAACACUCUCUCCACGUCCCCGGAGAUUGACCGAGCCCAUCGGACCCUCGCUCCAAAGCCCGCUCCAGGAGCCAGACCCCGUCCUGUGAUCAUCCGCCUCCACCGCUUCCAAGUGAAAGACCUGAUCAUCCGUGAGGCCCGUAGAAGAGGACCCCUGCUCUACAAAGACCAUCCGAUUCGCAUCUACGAGGACUACAGCCCGGACGUGUUGAAGCUGCGCAGCGAGUACCGCACUGCCAUGGCCGAGCUGUAUAAGCGAGGAUACCGCCCGGCGUUGCUCUUUCCAGCCAAGCUGCGCAUCAUGAUGCCAAACGGGGAGAGGAAGUGGCUCACAUCAGCUCCAGCAGCGGAAAACCACGACUCCGUGAAGCUGAUCAAGUUCGCGGACGACACCACCCUCAUUGGACUCAUCUCCAACAACGAUGAGUCCGCCUACAGGAGGGAGGUGGACCGGCUGGUGUCCUGGUGCAGUGGUAACAACCUGGAGCUGAACGCCCAGAAGACAGUGGAGAUGAUUGUGGACUUCAGGAAGAGCACUGUCCCCCCGCCCCCACCCUCCGUGAUGGACUCCCCCAUCACCUCUGUGGAGUCCUUCCGUUUCCUGGGCACCACCAUCACCCAGGACCUCAAGUGGGAGCCGACCAUCAGCUCCCUCAUCAAGAAGGCCCAGCAGAGGAUGUACUUCCUGCGGCAGCUCAGGAAAGCCAAGCUGCCUGCACAGAUGUUGGUGCAGUUCUACACGGCCAUCAUCGAGUCCAUCCUCACCUCCUCCAUCACCGUGUGGUUCGCUGGAGCCACAGUCAGGGACAAACAGAGACUACAGCGCAUCGUGCGCUCUGCAGAGGAAGUGAUCGGCCGCAGCCUUCCAUCGCUGCAGGACCUGGGGAUGGGGUUUUUUUUGGGGGUUUUGGGUGUGAGGAUGGAUAUUUGGGUGUUGUGGUUGGGGGGGGGUUGGGUGUGUGGUUUUUGUGUUGGUGUUGUUGGGGGGGGUGUAUGUGUUUGGUUGUUUGGGGUGGUGUUUGUGUUGUGUUGGGAUUGUUGGGGGUGGGUGGUUGGGGGGGGGGUUGGGUGUGGGGGGGGGGGGGUUUUGGGGAGGGGGUGGGGGGGGUGGGGGGGUGUGUUGUGGGGAUUGGUGGGUUGUGUUUGGGGGGUGUGUGAUUGGUGUGGGGGGGGGGUUGUUUGGGGGGUGUUUGUUGUUUUGUUUUUUUUUUUGUGGGUUGUUUGUUUUUGUGUGUGUGGUGGUGGGGUGUUGGGUGAGAAAGGGGGUGGGGGGGUUGGUUGUUUUUUUUUGGAGUGUAGUGUGGGGUGGUGGGGGGGGUUUUGGUGGGGGGGUUGGGGGUUUUGGUUGGUGGUUGGGUGGGUUGGUUGUGUAUGUUGGUUUGGGGGGGUUGGGGUGUUUUGUGGGUGUGGGGUUAUGGGUUGUGGGUGGUGGGUUUGGUGUUGUUGUUGGGGGUUUUGGGGGGUGGGGGGUGGUGGGUUGGGGGGUGGUGGUGGUGGGGGGGGGGGGUGUUUUUUGUGGGGUUGGGGUGGUGGGGGGGGUUUGGGUGUGGGGGUGGUUGGUGUGUUUGUGGGGUGGGUGGGGUGGGGUUGGGGUUUUGGUUGUGGGUUGGGUUGUGGUGGGGGGGGUGGGUGGGGUGGUGUGGGUGGGGUGUGUUUUGUGGUGGGGGGUGGGGGGGGGUGGUGGGUGGGGGGGUGUGUGGGGGUGGUGGGGGGGUGGGGUGUUUUGUGUGUGUUGGGGGUUUGGUGGGUGGGGGGUUGGGUGGGGGUUGGUUUGGGGUGUGGGGUGGUUGGGGGGUUGUGGGGGUGGGGUGUGUGUGGGGGGGUGGGGGGGGUGGGGUGGUGGGUGGGUUGUGUGGGUGUGGGUUGGGUGUGGUGGUGGGGGGUUUGGUGUUGGGGGGUGGGGUUGGUGGUGGGUUGGGGUGAUGGGUGGGUUGUGGGUGGGUUGUUUUUGGGGGGGGUGUUGGGGUGGGGGGGGGGGUUGGGGUGGGGUUGGGGUGGUGUUGUGGUUGGGGGGUUGGGUGGGUUUGGGGGGGGGGUUGGGUUUUUGUGGGUGGGGUGGUGUGUGGGUUGGGGGGGGGGUGGGUGGGGGGGGGGGGGGGGGGGUGGGUUUGGUGGGGGUGUGGGGGGUGGGUGGGUUUGUGGGGGGGUGGUGGGGUGGGGAGGGUUGGUGGUUUGUUGUGAGGGGUUUUGUUUGUGGGGGGGGUGGGGUGGGGGGUGGGGGGUUUGGGGGUGUUGUGUGGGUGUGUUGGGUGGGGGUGGGGGGGUGGUGUGGGGGGGGGUUUGUUGGGUUUUUGGUGUGGGGGGGGUGGGGGGUUGGGGGGGGGGGGGGUUGGGGGGGGGGGGGGGGGGUGUGUGGUGUGGUGGGUGUGUGUUGGUUGGGGGGGUGGGUGGGGGGGGGGGGUUUGGGUUGGUUGGGGUGGUGGUGUGGGUGGUGUGGGGGGGGGGGGGGGGGGGGGGGUGUGGGGGGGGGGGUGGGGGGGGUGUGUGGGUUUUGGGGGGUGGGGGGUUGGGGGUGGGUGUGGGGUGGUUGGGUGGGGGGGGUUGUGGGGGGGGUGGGUGGGGUUGGGGUGGGGGGGGUGUGGGGGUGGUUUGGUGGUUGGGGUUUUGGGGGUGGGGUGGGGGGGGUGUGUGGUGGGGUGGGUGUGGGGGUUGGUUUUGUGUGGGUGGGGGGUGGGGGUGGGGGGGGUGGGGGGGUGGGGGUGGGGGGGGGGGGGGGGGGGGGGGGGGGUUGGUGGGUGGUUUUUGGGUGGGGUGGUGGUGGGGGGGGGGGGGGGUGGGUUGGGGGGUUGGGGGGGGGGUGUGGGGGGGGUGGGGGGGGGUGGUGUUGUUGUGUGUGUUUUGUGGUGGGGGGGGGGGGGGGGUGGGUUUGUGGGUUGUGUUGGUGUGGGGGUGGGGGUUUGGGGGGGGGGGGGGGUGGUGUGGUGGUGGGGUGGUGGGGGUGUGGGGGGUGUGGUGUGUGUUGGUGUGGGUGGGUGGGGGGGGGGGUGGGGUUUGUGUUUUUUUUUGUGUUUGUUUUGUGGUUGUUUGGGUGGGUGGGGGGGGGGUUUUGGUGGGGUGGGGGUUUUGGGGUUGUGGUAGGGGUUGGGGGGUUUGGUUGUUGGGUGGGGGGUUUUUGGGGUGGGGGGUGUGGGUGGGGGUUGUGGUUGGGGUUGUUUGGGUGUUUGGGGGUGGGGUGUGGUGUGUGUUUGGGGGUGGUGUGAUUUGGUGUGGGGUUGUGUGGGUGGUGGGGUUGUGUGUGUUUUGUUUGGUUUUUGGUUGUUUUGUGGGUGUUGGGUGUGGUUGGGUGGGUUUUGUUUUUGGGUGGUGUUGGGGGGGUGGGGGGGUGGGGUGUGGGGGGUUUUUUUUGUUUGUGGUGGGGGGUUUGGAUUUGGUGGUUUGGUGUGGUUGGUGGUGGGUUUUGUGUGGUUUUUUUGUGGGGUUUAUUUUUGGGGGGGGGUUGGGGGUUGGGGUUGGUGUGGUGUGGUGUGGUGUGGGGGGUGUGUUGUGUUGGUGGUGGGUUUGGUGGGGGUAUUGA